ACUAUUCUCUCUCCGCCAAGGAAUGCACCACGCUAUUCCAAGUCAACACUGGAAAAAAAAAAUCGAAAAACAAAAUCAAAAUGUAUAAAAGUCAAAAACUUGCCAGUUUUUAUAUUUAUUUAUAUGCAUCUAAUCUUUGGUAUAAAAUCACCAAUCAUCUUCUUUUCUAUUGUCUUCAUCUUUACAAUCUUAAUUCUUCUACAUAUCUUAGACGAGAGUUUCCGGAGGUGGAAAAUAUCAUCGUAUGUAAAACAAAAUGAUGGGGAAAAGAAUAGCUUCAUUCAAGAACUUAGCCAAGAAAGCGAAGAGCUUCAAAAUGAGAGAAGGCAGCUCCGAGUAUGUUCUGAUCGGUGAGGGGGGCGACACUUCUCCGACGAAGAAGUCUACGGGGACGUUUGCUGUCUACGUUGGAGAAGAGCGCGUGAAGCAGCUGGUGCCUACGAGCUAUUUGAAGCAUCCUCUGUUUAGGAUGCUCCUUGACAAGUCACGUGACGAGCUUCACUGUUCCGACCAGAAGGUUAUGUUGGUCGUCCCUUGUAGCCUCUCAGCGUUUCAAGAUGUCGUCAACGCCAUCGAGUCUUGUAAUGGAAACUUCGAUUUCGGCGAUUUUGUUGAGGAGUUUCUUUGAUAUUUUAACGAUUUUCUACCUUAUUAUUGAUUAUUUCUUUCUGUUUUGAUUGUAAAUUUUUUUUGUGUUGUUUAAAUCUUUCUAGGAAAAGAUACAAUCCUUUUUUUGUCAACAGAUAUAAACAUUUUUUGGAAUGAUUUCCUUUUUAUUCA